GGCGGUCGCGGCAGCCGUGGGCUGCGCUUGCUGUGGCUCAUACCGUCAUGCGCGAGGACAAGUUCAACAUUCUAACCAUAAUGGAGGUCGAGGUCGAUUACGUGAUUCCCGAUCCUCGCUACAACCAAAGGUUCAUCAACAGCCUCCGCUGCUCCCAAGCCACGUUUCGCGCUCUUGUGUCCACGCUCCGCGUCUACAUGAGCGACUACAAGUUCCGCAAGUCCGCGCAUUCCUUCGCCAAGAAGGUCGCCGUACUGCACUUCCUCGCCAGCGAGGGCGGGUACCGCUCGGUCUACGACGGCUUCUUCAACCGCCAUGGUGACCCACGUCUGGCGUCGUGA